AUGGGUAAAGACUGGAAAUCCCUGGUCGCGCAAAAGCGAGCUCAGGUCGAUGAGCAAUUGCCGCAAGAAUGGCGACUUCCGGCAGAGAUUCUGAACACUGUCUCCGCCUCUGCGAACAUCAAUGUCCUGAAUAUUCCACGAGAGUGUGGAAUUUUGACCGCAAAGGAGAUAGACAUCACCGAGAAACACGAUGCUGUUGCCUUGGUCGAGCAGAUGGCGAAUAAGCGUUUGACGGCGUCUGAGGUGACUCUCGCUUUCUGCAAAAGGGCCGCGAUUGCUCAUCAAGUGACCAAUUGCCUCACUGAAAUGUUCUUCGGACAAGCCCAAGAGAGGGCCAGGUUUCUCGAUGAGUACCUAGAGAGAGAGGGUAGACCUAUGGGCCCAUUGCACGGGUUGCCAAUCAGCUUAAAGGACUCCUUUAACCUGAAAGGAAUAUCUGCGACCAUUGGAUAUGUGUCUUUCAUCGAGCACCCACCAGCUGAUUUCAAUUCACCACUCGUAGAGGUCCUGCUCAAAGCGGGAGCGGUUCUCUACGUUAAGACAAAUCUCCCCCAGACGUUGAUGACGGCAGACUCCGAAAAUAAUGUGUUUGGUCGAACAUUGAACCCUUAUAAAUUGAGCCUGACAGCAGGAGGAAGUAGUGGAGGCGAAGGGGCCCUUGUACGUAUGCGAGGCUCAUUGAUAGGCGUUGGAACCGAUAUUGGAGGCUCAAUCAGAAUCCCGGCUCUCUGCUGUGGGACGUUUGGCUUCAAGCCGACCACCGAUCGUAUCCCAAUGGGUGGGCAAGUGAAUCCUGUGAGAGAUGGUUGGACUGGGAUAAUACCGGUGGCUGGCCCACUAGCUCACAGUCCACGCGAUCUUCGUCUCUUCCUCGAGACAGUGAUCAAGUCCAAACCAUGGGACUUCGACUAUAGCGCUGUCGCUAUCCCGUGGCACCCUGUGCCAGAACAGAAGUCCCUUAGAAUCGGCGUCAUCCUCGAAUGUCCCAGCUGGCCGGUGGCACCGCCUAUUCUGCGCGCCAUGGAGACAGCGACCAAGAAGCUUGAACGCGCGGGGCACAAGGUCAUCAAAACGGAAAGUUUCCCUUCCUUCAAGGACGCAACGGAUCUAGCGUGGAGCUUCUUCGACAUCGACAACUCUGGAACCGGAGUGAAAUUCAUCCAGGACUCGGGAGAACCUGUGGUGAAGUCAGUCGCAGACAUGUAUACACCACCACCAGAGGGUCGAAAGACCCGGACAUUAGAUAACUUUAUGGAUUUGACUGCUGAGCGCUCCAAGUUCCAGGCCGCGUGGCACAAGAUUUUCGUCGACAAUCAACUGGAUGUUCUCGUGGCUCCAGGGUCCCAGAAGACUGCUGUGCCUCAUGAUACAUUUAGACUUCCUCCUUAUACGGCGAAUUGGAACCUUCUUGCAUACCCGGGCUGCAUUAUCCCAUACCUCAAAGCCGAUAAGUCAAUUGACGUGCCUCGCGCCGAAUAUAGAGAGGACUAUGACGCAGAAGCCGUUGACGGCGCGCCGUGCAAUAUCCAGGUGAUCGCGCGGCCUGAGCAUGAUGAGGCGCUCAUCGCUGCCGUGGAGGUUAUUGCGAAGGACCUUGGCGUAUCAAUGUGA